AUGGACGCUUUAAGCUGGAAGUUUUUCGACCUACUAUCACUGACACAGCCGGGAAAUCCGCAUGUGACCGAUACAAACCAACCAGCAAAACGAAACGUGCUUCAAGCGAUGGACGAGCACGUGUACAGUCCAGAUAAAUAUGGACGGGGCGGCCUACCGGGAAGAAAGUCAGUUCGAGAGACUCCCGGGCAAGAUCAGUUGGACAGUCAAAUUUCUCAUCCCUAUCAGCCCAUCUCACCAAUGUCCGAUAGAACUGCGCUGUCCAAUGAUCAUCUCACCGCCCCGUUGAUUCCGUCUAUCAACCCGGUCACUCCGGUAGUUGUAGCACUGCCAGACAGAAGCAGCUUACUGGCUCAAGAGGUCGCAAUCUGUCACGCGUUGACCGGGUUGACGAACAAACAACGCCAAAUAUGUCUACAACACUCCGGGCUGGUUUGGGCGAUGCUCGAGGGCACACGGUUAGGAUUGCAUGAAUGCGUGCACCAAUUCAAACACGAGCAAUGGAACUGUUCCGCGGUGAAUAUCCUCUACCAAAUUCCGACCAACAGUGCAUCAAUUCCCAAAGUCAGUGGACUGGAAGGAAUAUUGCAACGGGGUUCACGCGAGACUGCAUUUCUAUCCUCGGCCUGGUCUGCUGGAGUUGUCCAAGCAAUCACUCGUGCAUGCAGUCGUGGCCAAAUGGGCACGUGUGAUUGCGAUCCGGUUCGACGUGAGGGUCAGGAUCGAGAUGCCGAAGGUGUAUUCACCUGGGGUGGAUGCAGUGAUCCUAUCCGAUUCGGUAUGCGCCUGACCAGGUUAUUCCUAGAUGCCACAGAUCGGGAACAUCGCCAGGCCGCAAUGGAACGCGAGGAAGAACUUCAUGGACCUAUGCUGCGUCGUGACCGGAAACCUUCAAUGCGUCCUAAUCGCCGGAAUGCCGUAGAUGUGCAGCAGCAGCAGCAGCAACAGCACAGAAACCGACGCGAGAGACGUUCGUUGACACGUUCAAUUUCAAGCAUCAAUCAAACGUCAUCCCAAUUUUCCGGUGACGUUAAGCGAAAUUUAACCGGCUCGGCAAAGUUCAGCUUCGGUUCACAUGGCUUAUCACCACAAGAAGUGCAAACAGAAACGCUGCGUAUCAUGCAGACAAAAGCCAGAGCAUUGAUGAAUCUUCACAAUCGUCGUGCCGGAAGAAGAUUGGUUUGGACCAAUCGUGUACGCAAAUGCAAAUGCCACGGGGUCAGUGGGGCCUGUUCGAUGCGCACUUGUUGGCAAAGAGUGAACGAAUUUCGUCGUGUCGGGAGUAUGCUCAAAUCGGCCUACGAUGAGGCUGUCCGAGUCACAUAUGAACCCCGCGGGGAUCGUCUGAAACCAAUUGAAUCUUAUGCCUUCCAUAAUCGUCUGAUGUCUCGCUACGGAACUCGGUCGGUCGGUUACGACCAAGGGCGACCAAUGAGCGUUCGACCUCAAAUGGAUUGGUUUGUUCCAGUUCGAACUCGGAGCGGUGGUGGUGUCGCGGUUCCCACGUUUCCCUCCACAAUGACACCAGAGUCGAAUUCAUGGCGACGCCGCAGAUGGCCACGUAGUUCAAUGGGUUCCGGUCAAUUAAGCAAAGCGAAACUGGUCUACUUAGAGGAAUCACCCAAUUACUGCCGAUAUGAUCCUUCAAUCGGUCAUUUGGGUAUUGCAGGCCGUUUGUGUAACGCCAGUAGUACGGACGCACCGAACUCCUGUUCUCGACUCUGUUGUGAUCGCGGUUACGACACGUUCGAAUACGAGAGCGAGCGUAAAUGUGAUUGCAAAUUCUUUUGGUGA